GAUACAGGUGUAGGUAAAUCGAGUAUUGUGUGGCGGUUUGUGGAAGACAGUUUUGAUCCAAAUAUCAACCCAACAAUAGGGGCAUCUUUUAUGACCAAGACUGUCCAGUACCAAAAUGAGCUACAUAAAUUCCUAAUCUGGGAUACAGCUGGACAAGAACGAUUUCGUGCCUUAGCACCAAUGUACUACCGAGGAUCGGCAGCAGCUAUAAUCGUUUAUGAUAUCACAAAAGAAGAGACAUUUUCAACAUUAAAAAACUGGGUAAAGGAGCUUCGACAGCAUGGCCCACCUAAUAUUGUAGUUGCCAUUGCAGGAAAUAAGUGUGAUCUUAUCGAUGUCAGAGAAGUCAUGGAGAGAGAUGCUAAGGACUACGCUGACUCCAUUCAUGCGAUUUUUGUAGAAACCAGUGCAAAAAACGCGAUAAACAUAAAUGAACUCUUUAUAGAAAUUAGUCGAAGAAUUCCGUCCACCGACGCCAACCCGCCAUCUGGCGGUAAGGGCUUCAAACUCCGAAGACCACCAUCAGAGCCAAAGCGAAACUGCUGUUGAUGAGCCUCAGCCUCUCAGACUUGAUGAAGUAGGUGAGCCUGAAGUUGGCAGGAGGGCUGCAGACCCUGCCGAGCUGCUCUUGAGUCUUCUUCAUACAAAAAGGACUCGCAGAAAGUGACCAGUUGUGUUCUUUGAAGACUGCAGUAGUAUAUUUCAGUCUGUGGACUUGUAUUGUGUCAAGAAUCUCUGGUAUACAGAGGGACUACAUCAUUGGCUUUUGACCUUGCUGAAAGGAACAUCUAAUUGUAUGGAUGGUAGGAUUAAAUUGCUGAGUAGUUUUGUAAUCAGGAUUUUAUGUAACAUUUGUAAAGGGAAAAUUAGCACUUUCAUGGUCUGUGAGGGGGAAAAAAAGACUUUGUGGAGAUUAUCAUUUUCUUGGUUUCUCGUUGCCACUGUUAGAGAGAAUUGUAUCAUUUAAAAUGUGGUAGAAUUUCGCAAGUGAAGAGCUGGCAGUUAUUAUUUUAAAAUAAAAUGGGUUAUUUAUAGGAUGGAUGGAGACAAUUACAUCUCUGCCGUCUCUGAAGCACUUUCAUUGAGUGUGCUAACCUAAGAUACAUGCCGUAAGCUGACACCAUAGCAGCAGCUACCCACCUCACCCCGGGCUUGCUUCUGACUAUGUCGUGUAUCUGGCACCAGAUGCAUUAUUGGCACCUCUUUAAAUAAGCUCUUGUGAACACAGUGGUGGCGGUAGAGAAGCUGCCUGGAAUAAAGCAGACUGCAUAUGUUCUAAACUGACUAUCAUAAAAAAGAAGAGAAAAAGAAAGUAAAGGAAGUAAUAUAAAUGCUGUCAAUUUUUAUUUAAUCCAAGUAUUUUGAGGGGAAAACGAGUUGCUUAGCAUAUGUAAAGUUUCGGUCUGUAUUUAUGAGAUCAUUGCUUAAAGAUUAUAUGUAAAUACAUUAAUAAAUGGUUUCAUUCAACACUCCAUCUAAUCUUGCAUAACCCUACCCAUUUUUCAGCCUGUCUGUGGGGCACUUUGAGGCACAUGUGUGUUGUGCAGAGAAGUAAGAGCACUUAGCUCACAGUCUUUCAUGGUUUCUCUGCCUUCCUUUCCACCCACCCUUCUUCCCUCCACACCCCAUCUGGAAAUGAUAAUAAAAGACAUGUGCUAUUUGACAAGCCUGACUAGUCCUUACUAGCCUGGGGUAGCGAGAGUAAGCUCCAAGCUCAGGCCACUUACCUGGUUUUGGUAAUCAGUUUCUUUUAGCUGUUAUAAGGACCUCAGACCAGCUGUUUUAAGAGCACUUUCCUUGUUAACAAUUUAGCUUAUCUUUCUGUUUCCUUUAUUUUCCCUGCUUCUGGUAGUGGUUAACACUCUUUUUCCCUCAGGGAGCCUAAUGAGGUUUUUAAUAUAAUCUAAAAAUAAAGCACUGAAGUGAAGUUGGUGAAAAUUUGUUCCUGGUCUAAUUUGGCACCCUUCCAACCUGAGUAUUUUAAGAGAAGGAAAUUUACAAGAUUAAAUAGGAAAUGAAACAGCUUGAAUUUCAAACUAAAUUGUGUUUUCAGAGCUGUCUUUAAACUGAACAGUCAAACUUUUAAACAUAAAUUUUUUCUUUGUCCCCCCCCCCAUACACACUUGAUAUGGAUAGAUUUCAAUGGGAAAAUUAUAAUUCAGAUUAAGUAAAAAAACCUUUUCCUGGUUGUACAUCUUAAGUAUUUGAGAUUGUUUUAGACUUUCUAAAAUCAUAUCAAAAGAAUAUGGGAAAUGAAAAUUCUAAUGCUCUUUUGUAUAAAGUAGAUAUAGACUCUAUAUUUUCCCAAUAUUUUGCUUCCAAGCCACCAUUAAAUUAGCAAACUUGUAGAGAAACCGUGUGAUUCCCAGGGCUGAGCUCUUUAUUCCUAAAGGUAGCUUGAUUAUGUACCUUCGCAUGGUUCCAGGGCAUGCAGGCACCACCCUGGUCUGUCCCUAGCAUUCCUACUGCUAGGCCUCUAUCUCCAUGACAACAAAACAAAAACAAAGGUUUCCUGACUCCUUACAGAAGAGGCCAUGCUUGCGUGGCCUUUCCUGUUUUAUUUAACCAGAAAACAACACAAAUUUAUGACCUUCACCAAACCUGCCAUUAGAUGCUGGUAAUCUCCUGGUCCCUCUGUGCGCAGGUAAACACAAGGUCUUCUGAGCCUCGUCUGAAUGCCUGUGAUGGCUCUCGGCAUGAUAUUCUAGCCCACUGCAGGGCCAUCUCUUUGGCCCUUUGCAGCUAGUCUCUCUUGCUAGUUUCUCUUGCUGACUUUUAUACCCUUGUCCAUAUGUAGGGAGUAAUUCUAUUUACCAUAGCCGCAUGUCUUUUUAACGGCGCGAGUGGCGUGCAUGGAGUUUGUGCUCGUGCAUUUCUAGGAUCCUUUGCCCUCAUUUUCUUCAGUCCUUCCAAGAAAUUGAUAGGGUACAGUUUCUCUUAUUGUACAAUUCUAAUAUCGACCCAUGAAAACUGAUCUCCAGGCAUAACUCAUAUUGAGUGGAAACAGGAGAAGGUCUUCACUUUGUGUCUGAAAUGCAAACAUGAUUAUUAAAGUCAAAUCAGUGCUUUAUUUUAAACACAUUUUGGAUUAACUUAAGCAGUAAUCAAAAAAAAUUAUGAGAAAAAUCUAGACUUCAAAGGAAUUAAGACACGGCCUAUCCAUAAAAAUCUUUUGGUUCCCUCAUGACACGGCCAUUUUUUAAAACUUUGGGACUGAACAGAAGGGAAAAAAUCAUUAAUUAGCUGCAAGUGUGUAUUGAUUCUUUUCAGAGAAAUUGAAAUAAGCUCCUUGCAGGUGUCCAAUCCUAGAAACCGUUGGUCUCCAGAUCUCUCCUUUUACAUAAGUGUUUUUCUGAUUCUCUGAUAACUAAUUAACUAUCAUGUGAUUAAAAGAACAUAAAGUAAGAGCAUGAUUAAGUGUCCUUCAUUUUAAACUCUCUGUAAGAAGUGAUUGGGGAGAAGUACCUACUGCAAGCCCUUCUGCUUCUGAGUGAAACCCCCAUCACCUGCUCGUCAGCCACAGUCAGGGUAAGUUCUACACAGAGCAGCUGCAAGAUGUCUUCCUUUUAAAACAACAUACGUCCUUGUUCCCCGUUAGUGAUGCCUCUUCUCUCAUUGUGCUCGAUUUCCUGCACAUCUACCUGUGUCUGAAAGGAUCCUGCCUUUUAUAUUAGAGACUUGAUCUACAUAAGUUGGCCUGUGUCCUUAAGGUUAGCAGUUCUCUUGAUUUUUAAAUACAUAAAGGGGAAGAAAACCACAUUUAAUUUUAAAACUUGUCUUUUAUAUCAGUGUCUUGUCUCCAGGAAGAAAAUAUAUCUGGGAGGCCUCCUAAAACUCCGAGAGAUACAGUAAUGAAAAUAUCCUUUACGUAACUAUUUCAUGGCCUUCCUGGGACUGUCAGCCUAGAAUGUGUAUUUUUAUGGCCUUGAGUUUAAAUCGGCAGGUCAGGUUCAUAUUAACGCUGCACUAAUUGGUAUGUUGGCCUCCAAAAGGCAUCUGUUCAGUUAUAUGCACCUUUUAUAUUCUAAGAUUGGAUUGAAAAAGACUAUAUAAAUUCUGUUUAUCCCUUUUCACUCAUUCUCUCAAGAGCAGGGACAUGAUUCAUGGGCCCUUAGAUCGUGAGCUAUAGGCACACAAUGUAUUAUUUCUGUAACAGAUGAGCCCCUAAACAUCCAGCUUGUCUUUAUCAGACCUGUGUAAAUAAUGAGAGAAUUAUUUUUUUCCAGAGAAAAGUUACUGGAAAUCCCUUCGCUUUGUCUGUACUAAAUGCCAGCUUUAGAGCAUUUGGAGAAAUGACAGCCCACACACUCAGACCAGCUCUCCUUACUAAACUCAUUAGGCUGUGAAUGUCUACCCUAACUCUGACAGUAGAAACUUAGAUAGCAUAAAUUACUUAAAUUUGUUUUAAAGCGAUGAGCAACACAAUUUUUGUUUACUGUCUGUUUUUUAAGAGGUACUCUACCUCUUAAUGGUUAAUAGUUUUUUUUAAGGAAGAGAUGGGAUGUAUCUUCACGGAUCAAGCUAUUAACUGUAUACCUGCCUUUAAUGAGCUUGGUUCAUCCAAAAAAAAACGUUUAAUAGGGCUCAGUGGUAGAGCACCAGCCUAACAUGUGCAAAGCCCUGGGUUCUAUCUCCUGCACUGCAAAAAGAGAAAAAAAAAAUUUUUUUAAUGAUUCAAGGUAAUGUUAGGAUACCCUGUGAUACUAUUGAUUUUUUUUUAAAAAAAGCAUUCCAGCAAAAAAUUACAUAGGAGAUAAACAGUGUACUGUAUAGCUUUAGGAAAGGGAAGUGAAGAUGGAAUUUAGCCUAGGACUUAAAAAACAAUCUCUGCAAAUUUCUUUUGACAGCAGAGUUGCUUGUCUUGACUUCCAGUAAUAGAAAACCAGGCAAUUUGAUUAUCUGAUUUGCAAGAAAUGUUAAUGAAAUUCCAGGGCAUUUGUCCUGUUUUAUGUGCAAAUGAAAGUCUAAAAAAUAUUAGAAAGGCAUUACGUUUUUCACGAGCCUCCAUUUUUUUCAUCUAAGAAUGAAAAGUGAGAGGCCUGUUGUGAUGAAGUUUCAUUAGACAUAAUGAAGAAAGUGAAUAAAUAGAACCCAGAAUCACCAUAUUUCUCAGUUCAGACUCCAGGACUCUCUUAGCACAUAGGAAAAUGAUUUACUUUCUAAAUCUAGAAGGACUUCCAGUCUCAUAGAUCAAAUUUAAUUUGAUGAUCUGUACCAUCAGAAAUAACUAAUAUCUGUGUUCUUUCCUUUCAGAGUAUAAUCAGUUAGAGAUAUGCUAGAAUAUUUUUGGCUUCAAAACAAAAGGAGUUAGAAGUUUAAUUUUAAAAAUCUCAAACCUUUCAUCUGUUUUAUUAUGUUGCGCAUUUUCAAUAGUAAGAUUAGGAUAUAUCAACAGUAGAUGGUGAAAUUAAAACCAUGAUGUGUAACAGAUUUAAUACAAAAAAUUUUAAUUUGCUGCUAGUUCAUUUGAGAUCUGUUUGAUACCCAGUGCCUCAUCAAAAUGCUUCAUAAUUGCAAUAAACAAAAUUCUGGGUAGCUUUCCGUGAAGCAAAAUUCAGGUGCCAUGUCCUUUCUGCCAAUUCAUGGGAAGUCUUAAGAUAGUAAUUUGUUGAGAGAGCCUUCUGUAGUUGACAGUUUUAUACUGUUGGCCUUAAUGCCCUCCUUAAUGAUGCAAUAGAAAUAAAACAUGCUGGUUUUAUUGAAGCCACUUCUUGAUCCAGAAACUUUCCAGUGUUUAAGGAAACAUGUUCAAUGCAAAUCUUUAAAACAGCAUUUUGUGUAUGGGACCGGUAAUCUUCACUUAGCACUGAAAUUGUCAAGGAGACCUCCGAAACCUUUAAAGUCACAUCGUGUAGCAUCAGGGAUACCCCCUCCCCAAGCGCAGUGCAGAGCCCACUGUCCCCCCAGCUGGAGUAGUGCCCACUGGGGUGGUGCACCUGUGCCACUCGGGAGCAUCAUCAGCCCCUCUGCCCGUGGUGAUAGGUGACUUGGCCUGGGAGUCUCAACCUGAUAUAUUUGGCCAUUAUCAAUUUUUCAUUAAGUUUUUAAUUCAAUAAUUUGUAUCCCCUGAAAUUGUUUUACAGCAUCACUUGAAUUUGUUGACUUUCACUUACUUUCUUUACGAAGUUAUUUCAGAGUGCGUGAAACUUGAUCUUACCUUAGAUCAUACAUGAUUUCUGAGGGCCCAGUCAGUAAGAGCAGGGCAGAAUCACCGGCAGCUGGCCGGUCAGAACAACUGCUGGGUGGCUCUGUUUUUAAACCAACCUUUUGUAGUUCAUGUAGACAGAGCGUUAUCGCCCUGGAAGGGGUUUUGGUUUUUGUUUUUUGGUGGCUGUUGUUUUGUUCUCAUCCAGCUGUCUUUCCGUCAUUUCACUUUGUGAAUCACUCACGUAACUAUCAGUCAUUCCUCUGACCGUGAGCGUUUACUUCUACCUUCUCUGUGAUUGAAGCAGGCCUCUUGCCUUUCUUCCUUUCCUUUGUCAGUUUUCUGAAGGCUUUCCCUUAGAGACAUGCUCGCACCCGUGACAUGCGUCCGUGUGGCCUUCUGUGGUUGCAGUGACAGGGUUGGCCCCUCUGUGCAGCUAGGGAGGCAAGCUACGUGUAUCACAAUGAGCAAUGCAAAGGCCAACGUCGGUGAAGAACUGCAGGACUUCAGGAAGGGAAUGGGCAGCAUGCACUUUCAAUGAGAACGCAAGUAAUUGCCAAAAUGCUUUUCAUUGAUGACAGGAUCAUUAGCUUAAGUGUCAGAACUUCACUGAGUCUGUACUAGAGCAUUUGUUAAAGUGUGUAAAAGUCCGACUCAAAAGUCUAGAACAGAAGCAGCUAUGGAGAUGAGCCUAGACAUUAAAAAAACAAAAAGCUAAGUUGUCAUACCAGCAAUUCUUAUUUCUCCUAAGAAUAUCAUGCCUUUUCAAGACCUGAUGUAAGGAGUAAGAUAUUUGUGCCUUUUUACAAUAGCACCUAUUACGAAUAAAAUUAAGUUGCUUACAGUAUUGGCCGCUUUGUAACACUAUAAACAGAUUUAUAACUGUGGCUUCACACUGCAUGAUAAACUGCCUGUAAUGAAAUACUGUAAUGAUGGUUUGCCAAGCUUGUAUGGAUGUUUGAAGACUUUAUUUUUGCAGUCUUAAUCUUGGGCUGGACCUAAGUGUAUGUAAACCAUAUGAUGUCUGUAUUGUUUGUAGAUGCUGACAAAACAAAACUAAACCUUUUGCUUUUUGUUGUAUAAUUUUUCUUUUUAUUCGUAUGCUGGUAGUAGAUAGUUUGCAGAGGAAGGUAGAAUUGGCAUACUUUUUGAUGAUACUGUUUUAGCUUGAAUAUUCUAUAAUAGACUUUUUAUAGAGUAUAACAUGCUAAAUCACUACAAAAUUUGUUCUAAGAAGGGUGUAAACAUUUUGUUAAUAAAAUACUAUGUUUACAAAUACA